AUGCUUUUAAAGAAAUUUAUUGAUUUAACUGAUGGAGUUAUCUCUCGAUUCACAUGCAUUGCUGAAAACUCUAGACUAGAUAUAAAUAUAACAAUUGGAAUUAUUUGCAGAUUAACAAUUUUUACGCUUAUAAUAUUGUUUAAGGAUAUAAAAUAAUAUUCUAUUGGGGAGGUCAUUGCUUGGAUAAUAGCGGGGCUAGUCUAGCAUCUAUAUAUAUUGUUGAUUGAAAAGAAAUAUAUGUUGCUAGGGUUAUGCACGACAUUGGAUAGGGAAAUUUAAUAUAAAAUUAUGGAUUCUCUGCAACUUUUAAUAGGAAUAAUAUUUUUAAUAUUAAAUUUAAGGUCAUACAUAGAAAUAAUAGCCUUGGUUUUAUUUUCAAUCAACUUUGUGUUGGACUUAUUUUUUAUCAUUGUUAAAAUUAAAAUAAAUCAAGGCUAUGCAAACGACUAUGUAAAAGAAGGAGGUGCUUAUUAAUUUUGUAUAGGAUUUUNUUAUUUGAAAAAAAUAAGAAGAGUAAAAGUAGGAAACAUUAGACUUAUAAAAAAGAAAAGUACAAUUAUUUUUUAUUCAAGUUGA